AUGGGGAAAGUGGGUCGCCGAGAUUCGAGAACCAAACAGAGGAAGCCGGCUUUGGCUAGGAACCUUCUCCACUGCUUCGAAGUUGCUCUUGCUUAUGAUGAGGCUGCCAAAGCCAUGUAUGGGCGCUGUGCACGUCUCAACUUUCCUGCAAGCUCUGCAUCGAUGGAAUCCCCAUACUCAGCUACCACUUCAUCCAGCUAUUAUGAAGUUUGCUUACCUGAGGAAUUGAAGGUGAAUCUCCCAACGGUAGAACCUAUGCCAAAGCAGUGUGAGUCGUUGAUUUACAAGGAGCUAUUAGGGAUGCUGGGUCCAAAUACUCCUGGGCUAGGACUCAAGAAUGAGUAUGAUCAAUCAGGUGGCUCUGAUCAAUUGCAGUGUGGUAGUCCAUCGGAUUUAUCGUAUCAGUUGUUGAAUCCCAUUGAACUGGAUGGAGAUGAAGGGUAUGGGCUAUACGAGUAUGACGAGCAAGGAUUGCUUCAAUUGGGUUUUCCUUAUUUGUGGUUUUAA